GACAGCCCCAGCCACUGCUCGCACCGAAUCCCCGCACAGCCUACGUCUCUGGAAGAUGCUACGCCUGUUCAGCCCGGUGAAGCAAGCUUUGCGGCUGCAUAACAGAAUGCCAAAGCAGGCGCUGCUGCGUCUCCCCCUCGCCUUCUCCAGGCCGUCCUCGAGUGGCGCUGCCCCUUCGGGCGGCCCCGAUGCCUGGCCCAGAGAUGUGGGCAUCUUGGCGCUGGAGGUCUAUUUUCCCUCCCAGUACGUGGACCAGGUGGACCUGGAGAAGUUCGACAGAGUGGAGGCCGGCAAGUACACGGUGGGCCUGGGCCAGACCCAGAUGGGCUUCUGCUCUGCCCACGAGGACAUCAACUCCCUGUGCCUGACGGUGGUGCACCGGCUGAUGGAGCGCGCCGGGCUUCCGUGGGACGCGGUGGGCCGAUUGGAGGUGGGCACCGAGACCAUCAUCGACAAGUCCAAGGCCGUUAAGACCGUGCUCAUGGACCUGUUCCAGAGCUCGGGCAACACGGACAUCGAGGGCAUCGACACCACCAACGCCUGCUACGGGGGCACCGCAUCGCUCUUCAAUGCUGCCAACUGGGUGGAGUCCAGUUCCUGGGAUGGACGCUACGCCUUGGUGGUCUGUGGAGACAUUGCGGUCUACGCGUCGGGAAAUGCCCGCUCCACCGGCGGGGCGGGCGCUGUGGCCAUGCUGGUCGGACCAAAUGCCCCCCUGGCACUGGAGCGAGGGCUACGGGGCACCCACAUGGAAAACGUGUAUGACUUCUACAAGCCGGACCUGUCCUCUGAAUACCCUGUGGUGGACGGAAAGCUCUCCAUCAUGUGCUACCUGCGAGCCCUGGAUCGCUGCUAUGCCUUCUACCGCAGGAAGAUCGAGCAGCAGUGGCAGAACACCGGCAUCACCCGACCUUUCACCCUGGACGAUUUUGAGUUCAUCAUCUUUCACACGCCGUUCUGCAAACUGGUGCAGAAGUCGGUGGCACGCCUGGCCUUCAACGACUUCCUGGCGGGCAACGGCGGCCACCAGAACAGCUCGUACCAGGGGCUGGAGGCUUUCAGGCAGCUGAAGCUGGAGGACACGUACUUCAACAAGGACGUGGAGAAAGCGUUUCAGAAGGCCUCCCAGGACGUGUUCAACCAGAAAACCAAGCCGUCCCUCUUCCUGUCCACGCACAACGGCAACAUGUACACGCCGUCCAUGUACGGCUGCCUGGCUUCCCUCCUGUCCCAGCGGAGCGCCGAGCAGCUGGCGGGGAGCCGGAUCGGCGCCUUCUCCUACGGCUCGGGCCUGGCCGCCAGCUUGUUCUCCCUCCAGGUCUCCCGGGACGCCGCAGAGGGCUCCUCCCUGGACAAGCUGGUGUCCAGCUUGACUGACCUGCCCAGCCGCCUGGCCUCCAGAAAGCGCCUGUCUCCUGAGCAGUUUUCAGAAAUCAUGAAGCAGAGGGAGGAGUGUUCCCACAUGGUGGACUUCUCCCCACCCGGGGACAAAGACAUUCUGUUCCCGGGCACGUGGUACCUGGAGCAGGUGGACACCCUGCAUAGGCGCAGAUACGCUCGGCGACCCCUCUAAAGACCUGUCCAGUCCCACAGGGGAUGUGUUGACAGAAAGAGACGUCCCAGGUCUGAGUUUUCAGUUCUUCCUGCUCCACCUGGCAGCCCGAGCAAGUGCCUGGUGUGGACGCCCCACCCUCAGGCUGGACAGCAGUCCCGUCCCCAGCCUCUCCAGCAUCUCAUGGCCCAGUGCCUCUGUGGAUCUCAGGACAAGCCAGAGGCCAACCUGAGGCCCAGCCGUGGAGUUCGUGCCACCCUGGAGCGGGAGAUGCAGGGGUGAGGCGGGGUGGGGCUGGGGAAGGGAAAUGACAAGAAAAGCAAAGCGGGGGAGAAGGGAGAGAACCCAGACCUCGUCUGCAGCUCCGUCCUUCUCCCAUCUGCAACACGGCUGCCCCAGGAGGUCACAGAUGGACCCCGAUGCCCAAUGCCCACAAACUGCCAGGUCUGUGGUGCCAAGGUGAUUCAGGCUGGGUGGCCACCCUGGAUUUCUUUCUUUUUGCUCAUUCCCUUGAAUUCUCUAAGUUCCAUACCCCACCUCCCCACUAUGUUAGGAAUAAAGGAGAAAACAAGGGGUUCCUUUUCCCCUGCA